AUGGUCUCUGCGUCCAAGGCUGCCCGGAUGGCCAAGCGUGCCGAUGAUUCCAAGAAGAAGGGCGGCAAGGCUGGCAAAGGCACUGAGACGCCUCCAAUGCUCGAUGGCAAUGGCAACCCUCUGCCCGCCGAGGACCAGCCCGCCACCACCGACGCUAAAAUGAAGGAGGUCGAGAAGCUCACAGCCCAGAUGGACAAACACGGCCUGUCCGACCGGGUCACCACCGGUGUGCUGUCGUCUCUGCCUUCCUCUCGUGACGCCAAGAUCACCUCGGUCUCGCUAGUGUUCCACGGCAAGGUCCUCAUCACCGACUCGACCCUCGAACUGAACUUCGGUCGUCGCUACGGCCUGCUGGGUGAGAACGGCUGUGGCAAGUCCACGCUGCUCAAGUCCAUUGCUUCGCGGGAAUUCCCUAUCCCCGAUCACAUCGAUAUUUACCUGUUGAACGAGGGUGCUCCCCCCUCGGAUCUCGGUGCUUUGGAGUGGGUUGUUCGGGAGGCACAGAACCAGCUCGACGCGAUGGAGAAGAAGGCCGAGGAAAUUCUGGAGCACGACGGCCCUGACAGCCCGAUCCUCGAGGAUCUCUAUGAUCGCAUGGACAAGAUGGACCCGUCCACUUUCCACACCCGUGCAUCGCUCAUUCUGACCGGUCUCGGUUUCAACAAGGUCACCAUCCACAAGAAGACCAAGGACAUGUCCGGUGGAUGGCGGAUGCGUGUCGCCCUCGCCAAGGCCCUGUUCGUCAAGCCCUCGCUUCUCCUGCUGGAUGACCCCACCGCACAUUUGGACCUGGAAGCCUGCGUGUGGCUGGAAGAGUACCUGAAGAAGUGGGAGCGGACGCUGGUGCUGGUUUCGCACUCGAUGGAUUUCCUGAACGGUGUCUGCACUACCAUGAUAGAUAUGCGCAUGAAGCAGCUGCUCUACUAUGGUGGUAACUACGACUCGUACAGCAAGACCCGCGAGGAGCAGGAGACGAACCAGAUGAAGGCGUACAACAAGCAGCAAGAGGAAAUCCAACACAUCAAGAAGUUCAUUGCCUCGGCUGGUACCUACGCCAACCUGGUGCGCCAGGCCAAGUCGCGCCAGAAGAUUCUCGACAAGAUGGAAGCCGAUGGUUUCAUCCAGCCUGUCAUCCCCGACCGGGUGUUCACUUUCCGCUUCGCCGAUGUCGAGAAAUUGCCUCCUCCCGUCCUGUCCUUUGACGACGUCAGCUUUUCCUACUCCGGCUCGUGGGAUGACACGCUCUACGAGCACCUCGACUUCGGUGUCGACAUGGACUCCCGAACGGCCCUGGUCGGCCCCAACGGUGUCGGCAAGUCUACCCUGCUGCGCCUGAUGACCGGCAAGCUGUCCCCGAUUGGCGGCGCCGUCAGCCGUCACACUCACCUGAAGCUGGGCGUGUACAGCCAGCACUCCGCUGAGCAGCUCGACCUGACCAAGUCCUCUCUGGACUUCGUGCGGGACAAGUUCUCCUCCGUCUCCCAGGACUACCAGUACUGGCGCCAGCAGCUGGGCCGCUACGGUCUCAGCGGCGAGGGCCAGACUGCGCUCAUGGGCACCCUGUCCGAGGGCCAGAAGAGCCGUAUCGUCUUCGCCCUGCUUGCCAUCGAGUCCCCCAACAUGAUCCUGCUGGACGAGCCCACCAACGGUCUCGAUAUCCCGACCAUUGACUCUCUGGCGGAUGCCAUCAACGCCUUCAGCGGUGGUGUCGUCGUCGUCUCCCACGACUUCCGUCUCCUGGACAAGAUUGCCAAGGAUAUUAUGGUCUGCGAGCACAAGACCGUCCGCCGCUGGGACGGCAGUAUCGGCGCGUACAAGAAGCACCUGCGCAAGAAGAUGCUGGACGCCGGCGCUGUCUAG